AUGUCUUCGUCUGAGGAUGCCGUGAAGAAGAGCGAUCAUGUUUUACUUGGUGGCGGAAAUCAAGAGCCAGACCAAACCCUAAAUCUUCAAUCCACUACUUGUUGCAUUCCUGAUGAUUGUCUGAACAAGACCAAGGAUACAGAGGUUGUUGUCUUGGAUGAUGAUGAUGAUUUACCUGCAGUUUUCAAUGACAACACAGAGGAGCAUGAUCAGAUCCUCGCAGUUUGUCAAAGUUUUUGCGUCACGGACAAGAGCGCAUUACCUGCAGACAACUUUGAAGGGCUUGACAAUGAAUUAGAUAUGGAUAUUGAUCAACUCAUAGAUUAUGAUUCAACCUUCUUGGAUGAUUGGGUUUCCGAGUACACUCUUCAGGAAGAUGGAGCUUUUGUGCUUCCCACAAGUUUCGAUGAAAGAUAUAUUUGUCAAUUAUGA